GUUGGUGUGUCCGAAGCCGUCGGGCACGGCGACAGAGAACUUGUGUGUGUGAGCGACGCUGGCCGUAUGGGCGCCGCAGGGAGAGAAGCCGAGGAGCUGCAGAGACAACCAGUUCUCAGAGUGGGGAGGGACUUAGUGCGAGAGAAACCACCUGGGUCCCCAUCCCCGAGCGGACCAGGGAGGGGCUUUCCGGGCCCGCGACGUCAGCGCAGCAACGACGGACCCCGCUGCGACGGCAGCAGGGGAGGGAUCCUGCCCGACUCCGCGUCGGCUGCUCUCGGUGACUUGAGUUCUUGGCUAGCCACCGGGGAGGCAGGGUUUGCGAUAUCAGGACCUGUCAUUUACUCCAUCAUUUAUAGUGAUGCUACAGGACAGAGAGGAAUGGAUAAAAACAUUGGCGAGCAACUCAAUAAAGCUUAUGAAGCCUUUCGACAGGCAUGCAUGGAUAGAGAUUCAGCAGUAAAAGAACUACAGCAAAAGCAGACUGAGAACUAUGAGCAGAGAAUACGUGAGCAACAGGAACAGCUGUCACUUCAACAAACUAUUAUUGACAAGCUAAAAUCACAGUUACUUCUUGUGAAUUCCAGUCGAGAUAACAGUUAUGGCUGUGUUCCCCUGCUUGAAGACAGUGAAGCAAGGAGGAAUAAUUUCACUCUGGAUCAGCCACAUGAUAACGUAAAAUCACGAAUACCAAAAGAAAAAGAAUCAAAGGUAAGAAGACAAGAGGUUUCUUCUCCAAGAAAAGAAACUUCACCAAGGAGUCUUGGCAUUCCUUUAUUCCAUGAAAGAGGUUAUAUAGAGAAGACUUUCCGGGAUCUGAAAGAAGAAUUUCAUAGAAUAUGCAUGCUAGCCAAAGCACAAAAAGACCACUUAAGCAAACUUAAUGUACCAGCCACUGUAACUGAGACACAGUGCUCUGUGCCUAUACAGUGUACGGAUAAAACAGAUAAACAAGAAGUGCUAUUUAAGCCUCAGGCAAAAGAUGAUAUAAAUAGAGGUGCACCAUGCAUCACAUCUGUCGCACCAAGAGGAUUGGGCCAAGAUGAGGAAGAUACCUCUUUUGAAUCACUUUCUAAAUUCAAUGUCAAGUUUCCACCUACGGACAGUGACUCUACUUUCUUACAUAGCAGUCCAGAAAGACCCAGUGUCCUUGGUCCUGCCUCAUGUGAGGCUAUGUGCCAGGAUAAAUUUAAUAUGGAGCCCAGAGACAACCCGGGAAACUUUGUCAAAACAGAAGAAACUUUAUUUGAAAUUCAGGGAAUUGACCCCAUAGCUUCAGCUAUACAAAACCUUAAAACAACUGACAAAACAAAACCCUCAAAUCUUGUAAAUACUUGUAUCAGGACAACUCUGGAUAGAGCUCCGUGUUUGCCACCUGGAGACCAUAAUGCAUUAUAUGUAAAUACAUUCCCACUUCAGGACCCAUCUGAUGCACCUUUUCCUUCACUCGAUUACCCAGGAAAAGCUAUCCGAGGACCACAGCAGCCCGUUUGGAAGCCCUUUCCUAAUCAAGACAGUGACUUAUCGGUACUAAGUGGCACAGGCUCAGAACUGCAUAUACCUCGAGUAUGUGAAUUCUGUCAAGCAGUUUUCCCACCAUCCAUUACAUCCAGGGGGGAUUUCCUCCGGCAUCUUAAUUCACACUUUAAUGGGGAGACUUAAGACGCAUUUGAAAACAGACAUAUCAAGUUCUAUGUGAUGAUUCUGGGUUUGUAAUAUUAUGUACUUGAUUGAAACUUAGCUCAAAAUCAUUUAUUGAAAAAUCCAGUGUCACAGCUAUUUGAAUUUUUUUCUAAACUUAUGUUGUAACUUUCUUUUAUUACCUUUUAAAAGAUCAUUCUGUACAAAACUGUAAUUCAUUGUAUUCAUGUUUACAGUGUUUAUUGCCAUAAUUCAAAAUUAUGUAUGUGACUUAUGGAAUUGUAUAACAAUAAUUUAUGUUUUUUUCAAAUGUCUAAGCUUAUUGCUUGGAUUUCUAGUUAGAUCUAUUGAAUUUGGUGAUGUCAAAUGUUUAUAGGGUUUUUUUCACUUGUUUUCAUUUAAAAGUUUAGAUUAUUUAUGCUGUGGGUGUUCUUUUUGAAUAAACCAAUAAUAGAGAAUAGCAGACAAGAUAAACAUCUGAGUAAAUACCAAACCUAAGACAUUUGUUGCUCAGUGAUAAGAUCACUGGUAGGAUUAUUUAAACACUUUAUUAUUUUUUUUUAAAUAAUAGACAUGGUUUUAAUUUUUACUAUACGUAUAGCAACAUGAUGAAAUUAAAUAUUAAAAGAGUUACUUAUAUUGUGAUAAUUAAUGUGUUCUUUGUUCUUAAAUAAAUAAAUAAAUCACAUUUGGGGGAAAUUCAUAAAA